AUGACCAUAAGGACAGAAGAAAGCAAUAACUGGUGGGGAAUAGAUGUGGCGUGGGACUGUGUCGCUCUGCGUGUUCACAGCCUUCAUGAGAAACACGUGGCCCUGGGUUUGAACGCCUGCAUGCCCAGGGAGUCAGAGGCAUCUGAAUCGCUGCGUGUAAUGCAGAGCAACUGCAUCACUUACACAACUGAAGGCAGGCUCACAAGCGGCAAAAGUAAAGAAGCGGAGAUAAAGAGGAUAAAUAAAGAACUAGCAAACAUUCGGUCCAAAUUUAAAGGUGACAAGGCUCUGGAUGGUUACAGUAAGAAAAAAUAUGUCUGCAAACUGCUUUUCAUCUUUCUGCUGGGGCAUGACAUUGACUUUGGUCACAUGGAGGCUGUAAACCUGCUCAGUUCCAAUAGAUAUACAGAGAAACAAAUUGGAUAUCUCUUCAUCUCCGUACUAGUGAACUCUAACAGUGAGCUCAUCCGCUUAAUAAACAAUGCGAUCAAGAAUGACUUGGCCAGCCGCAACCCCACUUUCAUGGGGCUUGCUCUGCAUUGUAUUGCUAAUGUGGGUAGCCGGGAGAUGGCGGAAGCAUUUGCUGGAGAAAUUCCAAAAAUACUUGUAGCUGGAGAUACUAUGGAUAGUGUGAAGCAGAGUGCUGCCUUAUGCUUGCUGCGUUUAUAUAGAACUUCUCCUGACCUUGUUCCCAUGGGAGACUGGACGUCUAGAGUGGUGCAUCUCCUCAAUGACCAGCACUUGGGUGUGGUUACAGCAGCUACAAGUCUGAUCACGACUUUGGCACAGAAGAACCCAGAAGAGUUUAAAACUUCAGUCUCCUUGGCAGUGUCUAGAUUGAGCAGAAUUGUAACUUCUGCAUCAACAGAUCUUCAGGACUAUACUUACUACUUUGUUCCUGCUCCCUGGUUAUCUGUGAAACUUCUGAGGCUGUUACAGUGCUAUCCACCUCCAGAAGACCCUGCGGUACGUGGUCGUCUAACAGAAUGCCUGGAAACUAUUCUUAACAAAGCACAGGAGCCACCAAAGUCAAAAAAAGUCCAACACUCAAAUGCAAAGAAUGCUGUGCUGUUUGAGGCAAUAAGCUUAAUUAUACAUCAUGACAGUGAGCCAAAUCUACUAGUCCGUGCCUGUAACCAACUAGGUCAGUUCUUGCAGCACCGAGAAACUAAUUUGCGUUACCUAGCACUGGAAAGCAUGUGCACGCUUGCCAGCUCUGAAUUCUCACAUGAGGCUGUGAAAACACACAUAGAAACAGUUAUCAAUGCAUUGAAGACUGAAAGAGAUGUAAGUGUACGACAGAGAGCUGUAGAUCUCCUGUACGCAAUGUGUGACCGAAGCAAUGCCCAACAGAUUGUGGCCGAAAUGCUCAAUUACCUGGAGACUGCUGAUUAUUCCAUUAGAGAAGAAAUUGUUCUGAAAGUUGCAAUUCUAGCUGAGAAGUAUGCAGUGGAUUAUACCUGGUAUGUGGAUACAAUCUUGAAUCUGAUUCGUAUUGCUGGUGACUAUGUCAGUGAAGAAGUGUGGUAUCGAGUUAUUCAGAUUGUCAUCAACAGGGAUGAUGUUCAAGGGUAUGCAGCAAAGACUGUUUUUGAGGCUCUCCAAGCUCCAGCAUGCCAUGAGAAUCUUGUAAAAGUGGGUGGCUACAUCUUGGGAGAAUUUGGAAAUCUGAUAGCAGGUGAUCCAAGAUCAAGUCCCCUCAUCCAGUUCAACUUGCUACAUUCCAAGUUUCACCUGUGUAGUGUUCCUACCCGAGCUCUGCUUCUGUCUACCUACAUCAAGUUUGUGAACCUGUUUCCAGAAAUCAAAACUACAAUUCAAGAUGUAUUGCGCAGUGACAGUCAGCUAAAGAAUGCUGAUGUUGAGCUGCAGCAGAGAGCUGUUGAGUAUUUGAGGCUCAGUACUAUUGCAAGUACUGAUAUAUUGGCUACAGUGCUGGAAGAAAUGCCUCCCUUUCCAGAGAGGGAGUCUUCUAUUUUGGCUAAACUCAAGAAGAAGAAAGGCCCAGGCACAGUUACUGACCUGGAGGAGAUCAAAAAGGAGAGGAGCUCUGAUAUGAACGGAAGUGCUGAACCUGCCUCUGUCAAUGCCAGUGCUGUUUCUACUCCUUCUCCAUCUGCAGAUCUGCUGGGUCUGGGUGCUGCCCCUCUCACCAAUUCGGCUCCCCCACCGUCCUCUAGUGGCAGCCUGCUGGUGGAUGUAUUUUCAGAUUCUCCUUCUGCAGUUGCACCUCUUGCUCCUGGUUCUGAUGACAACUUUGCAAGCCCUGACCUGGCUUCAUCUGAGGUAGUUUCUGAGGAACCAGCUGAUACUGUGCAUGAUGCUGAUGAGCUUUUUCACAAGUUUGUGUGUAAAAAUAAUGGAGUCUUAUUUGAAAAUCAGUUGCUACAAAUUGGAUUGAAAUCUGAAUUUCGACAGAACCUGGGACGUAUGUUCAUAUUCUAUGGUAAUAAGACAUCAACACAGUUCUUGAAUUUUACUCCAACAGUAAUCUGCUCAGAUGACCUACAGUCAAAUAUCCUUAAAUGCAGUAGCGUGUGUACAAAACCUGUUGACCCCACAGUGGAUGGAGGAGCACAGGUUCAACAGGUUGUGAACAUAGAAUGUGUGUCAGACUUUAUGGAAGCUCCAAUCCUGAACAUUCAAUUCAGGUAUGGCGGAACAUUUCAAAAUCUUUCGGUAAAAUUACCCAUCACACUGAAUAAAUUUUUCCAGCCAACAGAGAUGUCUUCUCAAGACUUUUUUCAGCGUUGGAAGCAACUCAGCAAUCCGAAACAAGAAGUACAGAAUAUCUUUAAAGCAAAACACCCAAUGGAUGCAGAGAUCACAAAAGCAAAGAUAAUUGGCUUUGGAUCAGCCCUACUUGAGGAGGUAGAUCCCAAUCCUGCUAACUUUGUUGGUGCUGGUAUCAUACAUACAAAAACUACUCAGAUUGGAUGCUUGCUGCGCCUUGAACCCAACCUCCAGGCACAGAUGUAUAGGCUCACACUACGAACAAGUAAAGAAGCUGUGUCUCAGAGAUUAUGUGAAUUGCUCUCAGAACAGUUUUAAUAUUAACCAUGUCAGUUUUGGUUUUUCCAUUUAUAUCGCUGUCGUCAUACUGCAAAUAAAUGUCUUGUACAUCACUGUCUGAGUACUGCAAUGUUAACCAAUACCAGCUCCCUGCCUUAAUAGGACUUGACCCUUGUUUGAAAUUAAGACUAAAAUGUACAGUACAGGGAAGUGACUUUUUACAUUAAAAAUGGCUUUUAGUGUGUUACACAAAGGGUGGGAGGGCUGUUUUGUGCUUUUUUUUUUUUUUUGCAGAGGUCAGGCUUUUAAACUUGUUAAAGGGAAACUGAUUUAGAUGUGGUAACCAAGGAUUUCAACUGGAAAUGGCUAGUAACUGUUCAGCCUUAGUGCCUUUAACAGGUACUCCCUCUGCUCUGAGCUGAAAGAAACCAAUGUCAUGCUGCUCAGUAAGGUUAAUGCAGCAAUGUUCAACUUAACAAAAUGUUGACUCUGCAAGUCUUGUACUGGACGGAAAGGCAGAUUCCAAGAUGUGUGUGAAUCUGAUUCAAGUGAAUGUUUGUGUUAAGUGUCACCAAUAUUUG